AUGUCUGAUUACGAGGAAUAUGGAGAUGAUGAUUUUGAUGACUUUCAUGACAUGCUAUACGAUGCCGAUCCUGCACCUGAUCUCGCCGACGAUCUUGCUGAACAUGCCGCGUAUUCACCUGUUUGGCAGGACAAUCCCACAGAAGAGCUGCGCGAAUAUUUCAGCGAUUGGACCUACUAUUCAGACGACUAUUUUGACGAUGACCCGAAUAUCCUGAACAACAAGGCAAAGAAUGAGAAGGAUCGAAAGGUACCAUUGAAGCCGCAGCGGAAACCACAACCACAACCACGCACACGAGGACGUAAGCGGAAACUGUCUCAGGCUAAUGAGAGCCCUGACCUCGAGCUGCGAGAAGUGGACGCUUUAAGGGCAUGCUUGCGCGGAACGGUAUGGAAAGGUGGAAGUCCCGAACCUCUGCGGGAGCUCAAAUUUGGUACAGAAGAGCCUGUCGCAUUACGGUUGAGCGACAAGGUCAUGAGGGCUGCAUAUAGCAAGAAGCAGGGAUUUGGCAGAGGGCGACUGACAAGAGAUGAAUCUUGGGCAAACGAUCUUAGUCUAGCCGACAUGGGCCUGAAGUCAGAAAGAAGCAUAAGUAUGCAUAACAAACUGGACGUGGAGGAUCAAGAAGAAUACGAGGAGGCUGACGAAGAUGACGUCGAAGCGGGUGAAGACGAAGAGGUAGAGAUCGAUGAGGAAGCCGUGAUGAUGGAAGGCAUGGUCAGUGAGCAAUACCGAGUCGAAGUACAAUCAGAGCUAGCACCCAACGAGAAUAAGACUGUGCAAGAAGAGGUGGAUGAACAACAGAAGACACGAAAAAGACGAAAAUUGGAUGUUGUGGAUUCGCAGAACAAUCAGCGUGCACUUCCCACGCCAGAUGCUUCUCUAGAGUCAGAAGUGUCUGAGUCCAGUCAGGAUGUUAGUGGAACGUGUACGGUGCAACAGCCUACCUACAAAAGACGCAGGCGACCUCCGAAGUACGAUGCCAAUAAUACAACCAAGCAGACUGAGCUGGCAGAACCUGCAGGCACGACUACGGGGCGAAAGCGUAAACUCUCACCAUCAGAGUCAAGAUUGACAGCCUCAACCGCAAGCAGCAGAGCUAAAAGAGUUGCUACCUCUAACGGCUCUUCAGAUAUUAAAGCCACAAGAGAUACCGCAGCUGCUGGCAGGCCAACGAGAAGUCGUAAAAAGUGA